GAUUUCAGUUCCCACUAGUCAUUGCAUGUGCUAUCUCUCCCUCAUUGUCCCACUUACCCACUAUCCUGCUUUCAACUCUGUCUCUUUCUCUCUCUCUUUCUUAACCAAAUCCAUGACUUAAAAAUGCAAGAGCGCCACAACAUAAGUCUUCACACCCUCCGGAUCCCUCAAUCUUCCUCUAUACAUUAUGAACGGUCCAGCCCCCUCCAGCUCCUCCUGGUCGGUGAGCGAGGAGUCGCUGAGAAGGUAUGUGAGGUUCGCGAGUGAGAGCUGCAUCCAAGAGCUCUUAUCUUCGUCUGAGGCCGGACGCUUUGGGAACGCGUCUAAUGGGUGGAAAGUUGUGAGGCAUGACCCAAACGGUGUCGAGAUUUCAAAACGCGACACUGGAUCGCUCCACUCGUUUAGAAGCCGUAGGAUCCUUACAUCAAUCUCUCCAGACCAGUUCGUCAAAGUCGCAAAUGCCAUCGACGCAGCAAAGCAAUGGGAAGGCGACCUAGUGGAAGCAACACAUAUUAGAAACAUAGAUGAGAAUCUAAGUGUUAUCCGUUUAAGGUUUGGGGAAAACUCGAAACCGCUCUUUAGGAAAAGAGAGUUCAUUGUCUACGAACGACGUGAGACCAUGCAAGAUGGCAGCCUCGUGGUGGCGGUUGCGUCGUUACUAAAGGAGAUGGCAGAAGGAUUGGAGCCGACAAAGAAAAAGGAAAACAACUCCAUUAGAGGGUUUUUGGUUGAGUCAGGAUGGGUUUUGGAGAAGCUUGACGAUAGCUCUUGCAUGAUUACUUAUGUUGUUCAGUUGGAUCCCAUAGGAUGGUUGCCAAAGGGUUUUGUGAACAGACUAAACACAAAGCUAGUAAUGGUUAUUGAUAACCUUAGAAAGCUUGCUCAAGCUUCUCUACCUUCUCUCCCUCCUCCUUAGCCCUCGCUCUCUCUUUUUAUUUUUAUUUUUAUUUUUUUAUGUAUACAUAUUUUUACAAAAGGGUUAAAUGAUCAUAAUUAAAAGGCCAACUACUUUUCCCUCGUUGGUUUUCUACUCUAUUAAUAAACCUUAAACCCGGCCCCUCUCUGGAGGCUAGAGUGACGACUAUUUUAGAACAUGGGAGUUAUCAUUUUAUUGCAACUAGCUGCUUCCCCGCACAACGCGUGGAUUGUGAUGUAGUUGGCACUUUUAUUUAUACACUAUAUGUUUAUACCA